AUCAAACUACCACUACUCUUCCAACGCGACUCGUUUACUUUUCGUUUCUUAUUUAUUCCCACCGCCAUCCAGAUAUUCUUUGAUGGUCUUAGAUUUUGACGGUACAAACAGAGACUUCUUUGGGACUCGAUGCUCCCGGCGCGUCCUCCCGCAGAGAUGAAGUCAACAUCGAAAUCGCAUAACUCCAUGGCUGCAGUGCUAUUGCAGCCAUCGAAAUGGCUCCCGCUCUAUGAAGAAUUUGUAACGAAAAAUGCCAGCUCCGUGGGGCAGGUGGAAUCUGCGUUGCGAUCUUUGACAUACAUCAUCCCAGGACGAUACAGAGACUCGGAAAUAUCAUCAGAAUGUGUCCAUUCUGGAGUGCAACUUUUGUCGCUGUACCAUGACUCUCUUGUCUCACGAGUUAUCUCAAGGCUCCCAUCCACAAUCCCUCGACCAGCACCGACACCGCAUUCUCGCUACACAAAGUAUUGGACAUCUCAUUCUUCAUUAUAUCACCGGGUGGCCCUUUCUUUGCAGAUGAUCCAAUACACAGAGUUAUUGUGGGAAAUGGUUGCGCGACGCCGAGGCCAAAAGACCCGUUGGCGUGUGGUAGUUUUGAUCGAAAUUGCAAAAGCGAUUUGUCGCCUGCUUUUACUUCGUCUAACGAAUUCUCGGCCGCUAGUAAGCCCCCCUUUGCCUGAGCGUGAGGUGGAUCCCAGGUCUGCGGAUGAAGAGGAGGGUGAUUGGAACGGAAUGCAAACGCCAGUGAAUGAGAAGUCUUCCGAUCUGAGCUGGACCAUGCCCCGCACGGGGAUGUCGUUGCCAUCUCUUCCGAAUGUGAACGAUGUAUCAAACUAUCUUAUUUCGAAAGUACUUACGGCCGACGAUAUCAAACCCCCGAAGGCACUUUUACACAGAGUUACGGGGCAGGGCCAGCUGGCUGAAGCUUUAUAUAUCCUUCGGCCAGUGAUAUACGCGCUGGCGAUGCAGAAAUGGAGCGGAGACAAGCGAAGCUGGAGGCCCUGGCUAAUUGGAUUCGGAAUGGAGUACGGGUGCCGGCAGCUAGCCAAGACAGAUUUCAGAGAACGGGUUGCUGGUGGCCUUCGUGGGCUUACGGGCCUAGAACGCGAGGAAUUGAGGAAGAGAGGAUGGGCAAUGGGCUGGUGGAUUAUGCGAGGCGCGUUUUAUGAGAACAUUACCAAGUCUUGGCUGAAAUCAUUGACUGAUAAGAUGAAGGGGAAACCGCUACUUGACUUGGUCGGCAGUGUUAUCGAGGACUACGAAUACCUCUGGGAUAAUUACUAUUUCCCGACGGCGACCCUGUGAUCCUGUUUUAAUAAUCACCGGUCGUCAUCAGCCCUGAAGAAUUCUGCUAGUGCAGCCUAGCGCAUGCCACGGACGCUUUCUAUGUUUCUUGCCUGUACAACUAGGGAGUUUUUUUGGAGAUACCCGG